GAGUGGAAUAUGGACACGACAGCGUGUGAGAACUCUGAUGUAGGGGCCGCCCUUGCCACCUAUUCUCUUACAAUAGUGGCUGUGGGGCCCCUACAUCUGUAUUUCCACACACUAUCCUGCCCUGCGGGUGAAGGAGCCUUGUAUAUUCAGUGUACAUCUACCGACAUCCCUUUCCCACUCGUUCUGCAACUGCUCUGCAACUGACUGCUGUCUGCAUCCUCGUUAUUUCAGGUAAAAGAUGGCGAGAGUUUUCAGAGAUCAGUAUCCAGGGGAAAGUCUGGACCAUUUCGCGGAGAGAAACGUGACAACAACACCUCUAGAAAGGACCAGAUUCGGCCAAGAUAUUGAUAGCUUUGUGCGAUGCUUGCAUUCCCAAACCUUCAGGUAUCCUUACUCCGUUGAAAAAGUUGUAAAGAGUGGCUCACUGGGCAAGGGCACGGCAGUACGGGAACGGGCUGACAUCGACCUCGUCGUCUUUGUUAACGGCGUGAAGGAGCAUCACAGACUUGCAGGCUGCCAGAGGGGAGCUGCUCGAUAGAAUUGAGGCCAAAGUUGAUGAAAUGUUGCAGAUCAAGGCCAGAACUCGCACCAGAUACUCUCUGUCCUUCGAGUGGCAAGGAAACGAUGUGGACAUCUUACCCGCCUUUAACCUUCUGUCGUACUAUGGGUCCCUCUCAGAUGUCUACGAUGCUAUGGAGCAAUUCGGAUCCAGAAAUGCAGCUCAGGAGCUCUCUGUGUCCUUGGCACCCUAUCAGUUGCAGUUCGUCAAGCCCGUUCCGGAACAUGUGAAGAAAGUCAUCCGCCUUGUAAAGCUGUGGAAGGAGGAAAAUAGUCUGAAUAUCCGAUCCUACAGUCUGGAGUUGUUGACUAUAUUUGUUUGGCGCCAAAGUGGAGCGGCUUAUCCUGGCACUAAAUACCUAUUUCAAGAAUUGAUGAAGCUGCUAGAAAGAUGCGAUGAGCUUGAAAUCGCCUUUGAUGACAACUACGACAGUGACACCUACACCAGCACCAUAUGAGCCCACCCUACAUUCUGGACCCGGCCAACCCGUAUAUGAACACCCUGCAUGGGGCGAGGACUGGUGAAAUCUCGGACUGUGCCAGGAGGACCAUCAGGCCGGAUCGUGUAGUCCCUGAGGCAACCAUGA